UCUCAUCUCCUCUUCCACUCUCCCUCCUCUCCUCCUUCUCUGCCAUGGCGCUCCUGCAGGCUGAAUCAGGACCAAAUCUGCACCAAGGACUGAGCAGGUAGUUGUGCACUUGUGAGUGGGUGCUUUGGUCAGCAUGGAGAGUGUGGGCCUCAGAACCUGGACAUCGGGCUCAGCCGUUGUGUUCUUCAACACCCUGGCCUUGUCCUGGACAGGUAAAAUUGAGCCCGCUCCAAAAAUUGACGGGCGGCACCAGGCAGCUGUGACUCUUCAGGAGAACAUGACGCACAGAUUCAGCUGCCAGUCGGAUGGCUGGGACCCCCGAGCCCCUCCUUUGCUGACCUGGUACCUGAACGGAGAGCAGCAGAAAGAGCGACCCCAGAACCGAGGACGUCUGGCGCCAACGUCCCGCAAAGAUUCUGAGGUCUUGAGACCAGGUACACGUCGCAACAGCACCUUCUCCCUGCACGCCAGAAAGUGGGACAGGGAACUGGUGUGUGUCGCAUCAAACCCAAGAACGGGGAAAAGUUACAACGCCACGGUCAUGCUCAACGUCCAGUUCCAGCCAGAAAUCCUCAGGAUUAAUGCCCACUACAGCGAAACCUCAGACCCCGGACUCUCCCUGGUCCUUUUUGCCUUGGUACGAUCCAACCCCCCUGCCACCAUCACAUUUGUCGACCAGGCAGGGCAGCUGGUGGCCAAUACCACCGACUUCCUCAUCCUGGACUCACAAAGCUACCCCUGGCUGAACAAUCACACGCUGAGGGUCACGCUGAGUCGUUUAUCAGGGAACAUCAUGCUGAACGCCAGCAACAGUGUGGGAACAGUGCAGAGCAACCUCACUCUGGCAGGUCGGUGAUCAUACAGAAGGUACACCUUAAACACUCAGUUCCUGCAGUCUCGUGUGGAGGUGCCGAUGUUUGGAAUAGUCACCGGAGGAGCCAUGGCCUUCAUGGCCCUCCUCAUCCUCAGCCUGAUAGUUCUCUGCCUAAUGCACAAAAACAAGAGCAAGUCCAUUGAGGAGCCAGUGGAGAUUCUGAUGACCAAGAAAAGUGAGUCAGCAAAUCUGAAGGCUGACAAAGCAGACCAGAUGCACAUCCGGCGGGAGAACAUGUCUCUGCCCUCCAACAUGAAGCUCUACGACCUCAGUACUCUGAGAAGAUCUCGAGGAGCUGCCCAGAAACACAAAGUGGGUGAAGAGAAGAAAGAGGAGGAGGAAGAAGAUCUUUCUUUGAUCUACGCAGCAAGAGGUUUCGCCAGGUAUCCGAUGGUGGGCUACAUCUAUAAAGUGAACAGCACUAGCAGCGAGGAAAUCUGGCUGUGACUGACCUCAGAGCAGCACGUCUACUCCAUGUGCAUGUUUGAUCCCUGCUCCCAGUGCAGCCGUCUCACUGGAAGUCACGAACAACUGCCACUCAGACAAUAACCAACACCUUCAUCUCAAGUCUCAGAAAAUAAACUAACGUUGAAGGCUGGACAUUAUUUGACUUUGUUAUCCACAGAACUAAGCUGUUCGCACUGCGGACAUCAAACACUCAAAGUAUGUGGAAUCCUUUUCUGUAACCUCACAAUGUUUCUUCUGAAUGCAUUUAUCGUCCUACGCUAAUGAAGUGGCUCGUUCUUUAUACAACAAAUGACCAGUAAACAAGAAACAGCA